AUGGGGUAUAAACAAGAGUUGAAGAGAUCAUUCUCAACUUUGCAAGUGUUUGGUAUUUCAUUUUCUAUCAUGGGGUUGCUACCAUCUAUAGCUACCGUACUGGGAACUGGUAUAACAGGGGGGCCUGUUAGUUUGAUUUGGGGUUGGUUGUUAGGUGGUAUAUUCAUCAUGACAAUUGGUAUUGGUAUGUCAGAGCUUGCAUCUUCAUACCCAACAUCUGGUGGUUUAUAUUUCUGGACUUUUCAUUAUGCACCAAUGAAAUAUAAAGUUGCAUUAUCAUUCUUCAUUGGUAUCACCAAUUCUUUAGCACUAACAGCUGCUUUAUGCUCAAUCACUUAUGGAUUAGCAGAAAAUAUACUGGCAUGUGUUGCAGUUGCAGUUGGUGAUUCGUUUACAAUAACUAAUGGAAUUACGUAUGGUGUAUUUGCAGCUUGUGUCAUCUUGCAAACAGGUGUUACUUGCUUGGCUUCAUCUGCUGUUUCAAGAUUGCAAAGUUUAUCCAUUUAUGUUAAUGUUUUUUUGGUUAUUUUGUUUUUGAUUGUCCUUCCAAUUGGAACUCAUAAUACUCGUGGUGAAUUUAAUGAUGCAAAAUAUAUAUUUGGAGAUUUUGAAAAUUUUAGUGAUUGGAGUAAUGGUUGGACUUUUUUCCAAUAUGGUUUUGGAUCUGUUGUUUGGACUGUCGGUGCAUUUGAUUCAGCUGUUCACAUGUGUGAAGAGGCCACUGAUCCAACAAAAGCUGUUCCAAUAGGUAUCUGUAUGUCAAUAGGUGUUUGUGUGGUUAUUGGAUUUAUAAUCAACAUUGUAAUUGCAGCGUGUAUGAUUCCAGAUAUUGAUGCUAUUUUGAAUAGUUCCACAGGCCAACCAUUGGCUCAAAUUUUUUUAGAUCUUUUGGGUAAAAGAUGGACCAUUGCAUUCAUGUCUUUGAUUGCAGUUGGUCAAUUUUUGAUGGGAGCGAGUACUUUAACAGCGAUUUCAAGGCAAGUUUGGGCUUUUGCUCGUGAUGAUGGAUUACCAUUCUCUGGAUUUAUUAAAGUUGUUAAUAAGAGAUUACAAGUUCCAAUUAGAUCAAUUAUUUUCAGUUCUAUUGUUGCAUUAAUACUUGGUUUAUUAUGUCUUAUUGGUACUACAGCUGCCAAUGCAUUAUUUUCUUUAUCAAUCAUGGGUAACUAUAUGAGCUGGGUUGCGCCUCAGAUAUUAAGAUUUUGCUGUCCAAAAUCUGCAAAUUUUGAACCAGGGAAAUUUUAUUUAGGGAAAAUUUGGUCACCAAUAGUAAACUGGAUUUCUAUCAUCUUCCAAUUGUUUAUUAUUGUAAUGGUUUGUUUGCCAGAUAACAAGGCAGUUGAUCCAAAUACAAUGAAUUACACAAUUGUUGUCAAUGGAGGUACUUGGAUUUUAUCAAUGGCCUAUUUUUACCUUUACAAGCAUAAAACAUACAGUGGACCAAAAUCUAACUUGGAUGAUGAUGAUGUAUUGACAGGAACUGAAGUUGAACUGAGCAAUGUUACUGAUGCAAAGAUGCUGAGCUCAAAAGGUCAAUCUGGAUAG